ACGCUCCACAUUUCUAAGUAAAGAGAAAAUGAAUACUACUCUAUCCGUUUCUAAAAAAUGUAUGUUUUGGAAAAAAAAAUUGUUUCAAAAAGAUACAUUUUUUACUUUUUCAAUGUAUGAUUUUAUGAAAAAAUUGUAAGUUUCAAAAAAAUUAAUGGUGUUUAUUGAAUUUCUAUUGGCUAAAAGUUAUGAAAAUUGUUAUUCACAAAAAACAAUGCAUAUUUAAUGAGUUUUCUUAAUAUAUAUGAAAAGUCUAGAAUAUGCAUCUUUUAAAAACAGAAAGAGUAUAUUAUAUCGCUACUUAAUCUCUAUAAAUACACUACCAAGCAUUAUCAUCAUCCUAGGAACUCAGCCAAAAAAAAGAGAGCAGAAAGCAAGAGAAAAAAGAGAGAGAGAGAUGAAAACUGUGGGUGCAAACACAAUAUUUCGAUUGAUGAUAUGUUUCUUGUUCGUUGCGAUAACAGCAUUCGGUGUUGUUUCCGGUGAGAAUGAAGUAGUCAGUGAUUACUUUGGGAGGCCAGUAAAGAUCAAUGCUUCGUAUCACAUCUACGUGCGGAGUAACCCGCCAUUAAGACAAUGGAUUACCCAGUUACCAAUUUGGCCAUCUUGCUCAGAUCUAGUCUGCAUGAUGUCUAAUCAUCUAAAUCAUUUCCAACGUAUACCAGUUAAAUUUUUAUUACCACCAUCAUCAUCAUCAUCAUCAGAUGUUGUACGUGUAUCAACAGAGCUUAACAUCCAUUUCACGGGUGUUUAUUGCAAGCAGUCCGGGUAUUGGAUUAUCCGCUCAAAGCCAUACGAACAUGUACUCCUGACGGGAUCCAGGUCAAGCAAUAAUGACAGCACCUUCAUCAUCAAGAAAUCUGUAGGCAAAUUUUACAGUUUGGCUUUCGGAAGUGCUGACAAACCAAAGGAUCUCUCUUUAAAGUAUACUGAUUAUAGAGGUACUUUAGCGUACUUGGUAUCUUCCAAUAGCACUAACUUUAUGGUUUCUUUCUUCCCGGAGGGAUCUAUUAUAUAAGGUGGUUUCUUCCGCCGGGUAAAACAUGUUCCGCCUUUUACCCGUUACUCUUAUAUCUUUCUUAUUUUCUUUUCUUUUCUUUUCGUGCAAUGUUUCAUUUCAAAUCAAAUAAAUACGUGAUUGUUUCUUUUUCUUUUGAUGUAAUCCCUUAUAUAUUAAAAGAGGAGCAUUGGAGUUAAUGCUUUCACACCAUGUAUGACACGUGUCCAUUGUACAGAGACUCUCACAAAUUAGUUGCCUUAAUUGGUUUUGCUAUUACAGAAUUUUUGGAAACGUUUCAUUGAUCUAGAAAAUUAAAAAAACCACUCGUGGAAUGAGUUAUCACGUAAAGCUUAAGCUACGACAUCACCGUACCAUCGUAAAGAUUAUUUCCCAUCAUGAAGACUUUCCAGAACAUAUACGGGUGUGCUCUGUCAGUGCAUAUUGCGAAGCACUAGAUAGUAACACAUGUAAGUUAGAAACACAGAAUCGAGAAGAUGAAGACGUAAUUAACUUUUCUCUUAUACGGGAGAUAUAAACAUUCAUAUCGGCGAAGAACUCAGCAUGAACACUUUCAAGAAGAGAACACUCUGAAUCUUAGAAACGAUACAUCACCGAGCUCGCUAAGCAUUUUUCAUCCACACUGCAUAAUGGUUCUUGAACGUGUAUAUAUUGUAUGAACUAUAUAACCCACUCUUUUCUCUUAGAAGAGAGACAUGACUAUUCAUCUCGACGAGAACACUUUGAAGCAGAGUACACUCUGUAUCUUAGAACCGAGACAUGACCAAGCUCGCUAAGGUGCGCAGCUCCACACUGGAGAUUUUUUCGUUUUAUUAGUAUUCUAUUCACAUUUAUAUUUUUGUUUUGGCUUUCAAUAUCUUACUUAAGAACUAUUAUGAUAAAUUCUUUAAUUAUGCAUCUUAAUAAUAAAUGAGCUUUUAAGUUAUAAAAGACUUAUUUUAUUGUUUAAAUAUGUUUUUACCGUUCUUGAAACUUUCUUCCGGUGUUAUAAAGUCCUACUUUAUCAAUCAUAUAUUGCAAAUACAGACUUUAUUUUGGAUGUCAAACAUUAAAUCACCAAGUCAAUUCACCCCGCGCAAGGCGCGGAUUAUCACCUAGUGCUUUAUUAAAAGGAAUAAUGAUAAUAAUAAUGACAAUCAAAUACUGAAAGAAUUUUUAGAAUACCAGGGUCGAAGUUCGUAAUUUUCCCAACAUGCAAUAUUAGUUUCCGUAGACUAAAACAAUGGCUAAAAUCCUUUCUGGGCUAGCAAUCUCUAAAAACAUUAACAAACUUUUUUUUUUUGAAAAAGGGCUUAACAUUAACAAACUUUGAGAACAAAUCUUUUUUUUUAUAAUAAUGAUUUACACAUAUCCAACCACCGCCAUGAGCACGAGUCCACUGAUGGGAAGGCUAUUACAUAAAUAUAGUAGAAUAGCAGAAUAAUAGCCACACGCCCUCUGUUAGGAAGUUUUGUGUUGAUUCACCAUGCAUGAAAUUUUGCUCUGUACUGGCUUAAAUACUGUACUUCUAUUAAUUUAUUUUUAAUAAAAAAUGACAGAAGAGAAUCUGUCAUAUACUAGAAUCUUGAAGGAAGUAGAUAAGCCAAUGGAGUCGGAAUUUUUUACAUUUGGAGACACUUUAUAAGUUUACAAUUACAUCUAAAGACACAAUUCACUUGUGACACACUUUGUUGUGUGUAAAAGUCCUCCAUACCCUCUAACUAGAAACCAAGUCACUCUUCUCAAUCGUGACCAAACUGAACAAAACAACAAGUAUGUCAUAAUAAACUUCUAGCUUUACCAAAUCACAAACCUUUAUCCAACAUAAAAAUCCCAAUUUUCCAACUUUCAUCCUAGAGGAGAUAAAGAUUAAAAUCUCUAAUCAAUCUGAAAUCCAAUGACUGUCGUUUCUAUUCAUUUUAUUCAGAGACGACGAAUUUAUCGACGUCGCUGGUAACGGAGUCGUCGCCCUCUUGAUCUGUUCUUUCGAGUCCUCUCUUCAUCACCAAGCUUUUCUUACCUCUGGUUCCAUCUCCCAGCCAUUGAGUCAGCCAUGGAUAAGCAUCAUCUGUUUCUUCUCUCUACCUUAUCUCAAAUCUCAAUUUCAAAACCUCUCUCCUAUCUCAAAUCUCAUUCUCUGUUUGUGCAUCCACGCAACCGAUAAGUGGCAUCGUUUUCAAGCCGUUUGUGGAGGUGAAGAAGGAACCCGAUCUCCUGCCUUCAAGUCCGGAGCUUUCGCUUGCUCGCUUGAAUGUGAAAGCAGGUCAAUUAAGCUUAUUUUUAACCUUUUUGUGUUGUAAGUCUCAUGCAUCUGAGUUUUUUUGUUGACGGGUUCUUUUGCUGCAAGUUGAAUAAAAUGUCGAGAGUUUUGUUGAUAGUUCGUGUCUUGAGAGUUUUGUUGAUUCUUUGAUAAAGCUUGUGUCUUUAUUUAUUAAUUGAGUUGUGUGAUGUGUUGUUGCAGGUUUUUCAAGGACUCAAGAGUGGAAGAAAGAGACCACGCGAGAUGUUGAUGGAGUAUCAGGUUCUUGGCCAAUGGGUUUCAUGUUGUUAUUUAAUUUGAGUUUCGUUUCUAACACUGUUUUUGUUUUGGUUUCUCUGGUCAGCAGGAAAAACGUGGUGGGAGGGUUCAGCUAAAGCCCAUGGUGAUGCCUCAGUCUGAAUUUGAUUACGUUGACAAAGGAGAUGUUGUCUAUGGUAAAGCUCUUUCUCUCUCAAGUAUAAAGUAUCAAUGUUUUCAUAUAUGUGCAUACUAGAAUUUGGAGUUACUUAUUAGAGUUCACAAAGUUGUGACUUUUCAUCAUCAAGGGAAAGUGAGAAUAUGAAAAAUAAUUAUGAUGAUUUUCUUUGUUUGUUGCAGCCAUGGAGUUGGCUCUAUCAUUGGAGAAACUGGUCAAUGCGAAGCUCCUAUACAUUUUCUUCUUCAAAGAUGGGUUCCUAAUAUAACUACUAAGUUCCUCUGCAAAGAUGGGUUCGUGGGCGUUGUGAGGUAAUCAAAUUAUCUCCGAGAAUGCUUUUCUAUAGAUAAACAAUGUAUUGUAAUAAUUAUUUUUGCCUUAUAUAUUUUUAAUGUCCAUGUUCACAUUUUUAUAUUUUUAAAGAAAUCACAAUUAUAAUUUACUUUUUU